AUGAGGAAAAGUCCCAAGCUGUGGACAACAAAACAAAGGAGAUCAGUUUCCUUUCUUCUUUGCUUAGGAAUUCAACGAAAUCCAAUGAGCAAAGGGGAGUUAAUAACUCUCCUGCUUCUAAAGAUGAGGAUUCCGGGCAACAAAAAGAGAUCUGGAUCUGGUCCACUUCCUUGGGACAGCUGGGCCACAAACGGGCCAGUAGCAGUAGCAGCUUGGAUGUUAGAGGUAGAGGAGAUCUGUUGUCCUUAUGUUGCCCAGUCAUGCCAGGCAGCCGAAUCCCCACGGGUGAACCCAACUCUAGUCCUUUACUUUGGCUUUGGUCAGCUAGUCACCCGGCGGUUAGUUACAUCAGAAGAGGAGAAGAGUGCAGUUAAUAGGCUCGUUCAUAGAUAUCGAGUGCGAGUAGAUAACCGGUCUAGAUAA